AUGGACAUGCGCUUGUUAGAUAUAGAAGAGCGGGAAGAGCGGGCAGAGGCGACGGACGAUGGCGAAGGCGAGGCGGACCGAGGCGUAGAGAUGUCUGAUGAGCUUGAAGAGCUGAAAGGAUACGACGCCAUUGACAUUACCGGCGCAUGUGUCGGAGGGAGUGGUGCGGAGAAGAAAGAGGAGGCGGAAUGUGGUAAUGGGACCAGCCGGAACGAGGAGACGUGGGUGUCCGUCGAGGCAGCAGAGGUAAACGAGGAGGAAGACUCGGAGAAGAAGCAGGUGCAGGCGCAGAUGCGGAAGAGGAGCUCGCCAGCUUCGGGCAAGGCGCAGGAGAGUAAUUUAGAGUAUGGUGAGAGCGUGGAGUAG